GUAUAAAAAUCCAAGAAUCCCAACACCUUCUUUUGGGGCCCUCAGUUCGUAUCUUUAUCUAAAACUUUUUGUCCUUGUUUCCCAUUUCUUUCCUCUCCCUUUAUAGCUUCUCCACUCACCAUCCAUGUCUUCUUCUUCUUCUGAAGAUGGCAAUGGCAGUAGAGCAAGAAGAAGUGGUGGUGAUUUUGGAGCCCCAUCUUUGACUCGUAGACGCUCCAAUAACGAAAUAUGGCCGGGUCCCUUUGUUGAAGAUCUUGUUGUCCAAGUUGCCAUUGAUGCUUCUCGUUCUCUAGGCCGCCUCGCAGCUGCUGCAGCACUUGCCAAUGUGUUUCAGGUUUGUUCCACGUGGCAAGCUGUGUCUCGAUCUGAUCCAUUAUGGCAACGUCUCACAGGCGUUAUAUGGGGACGGAACCGUCGUAUGCACGACUCGUGGCGUGAGGAAUACACGUACCGUCAUCGAACGGCUCAAAAUUUUCGUGCUGGGAGAUCAAUUUACGAUACCCUCCACUUUGAUUUAUCCGGCGUAGACAAUCCCGAUGGGUUGUCGUGCCGUUGUCUCACCUUGUCUGACACUCACCUCGCUUGUGGAUUCGCCGAUGGUGUCGUAAGAUUUUUCCAUCUCGCCACCCGUCAGCACGUCGGUACCUUCCACUCUCACCCCCGCGAUCGUUUCGGUCGCUUCUCACGUGCCGUAUCCGGCAUUAUCGUAACGGACCCAAGAAUCAUUUUCGCCACUUUGGAUGGUGACAUCCACGUGGCGAUCAUAGACGGAGAGCCCCUUGCUCGCACGGCCCAUUUGGGGAACGUCGUGAACGACGGUGCAUUGGUGGACUUCACCGGAUGCGGGCGCUGGUGGGUGGGCCUUUACGCAGGCGUUCCGGAUCGUGCUAUCCACGUUUGGGACGGUAACACUGAAGAGUUAGUCUACGUAAACACAAACCUGACCGACCCAGAAGCCGUAAUAGGAUGGCACACGUUGACCGAGUUUACUGACACCAUCGGCCGAGUUAGGGUGACGAGUCAGGAAUCGGCGGUUGCAUGCACGGGUUUAAGGUACCUGGUUCUGGGAUUGAGAAACCCGGAGUUUCCAUUACACGACCGGGAGUGCAGGACAGGAAUCACAGUGACGUCGUUCGACACCAACAGCGAGGCGUUCAUCAUGGUGGAUAACCGUGGGUUGGCAAUCGUCCGCCGGGUGGAUACAUUGGAUGAGGUGUGCCGAUUCAACACAAGGCAGAGGAACGUCAACAUCAUGGGUUGCAUGAACCUAGGGUACGCGCUAAUGUGCGCCGGUGGUGUAAUAAGGGUGUGGGAAAUAGAGCAGGGUCGCUCGUUGUAUAGUCUGAAUGAGAAUGUAGGGGGUGUUAACGCCAUGGUGGCAGAUGAUACGCACGUUGCAGCAGCGGGUAGUGACACGAGGAUACAUCUAUGGGAUUUUGGUGCACAGUAGGAU